CACCUUCAGUAAAAUUGGCCUGUAUUCUUAUAUUUUCAGUUGGGAAUGCUACAAUGAUUGCCUUAUGGGGAAAACAUACCCCUUCACCAAUGCAUUCGAUGCACUUUGGUUGGAAGACUGGUGCAUUUUUAGCCCCUAUGAUUGCAUAUCCCUUCUUAUCUGGGCGCAUAGAGGUCCCUGCAUUGGUCAACUCAACAAUGAGUCCCGAUGCAAUGAAUUCAACUGGUCCGAUGCUCAUAAAUGGAACCAUAUCUAUAUUGACAGAAUCUGAAAUUAUCUACCCAUAUUUGAUCACUGGUGGCCUCGGAGUACUCGCUUCUCUUGUAUACCUUGGGUUCUUUUUAGCGCCCCGUCCCGAUGGGAUCAAAUACACUAACACAGCUAAAAGUCGCCAACUGAAGAAAUUUUUGUCACCAGCAUCAUGCGCUGGUGGUAACUUGAGCUUUGGCGUGUUGAUGAUGAUUGGUCUAACAUCUUAUUACUUCUUCGUUGAUGCAUUAGGCAAUGUUUUUGUGACAUUUCACACAGCUGUCGCAACAGAAAAUCUCAACAUGACGGAACAGGAAGCUGCCCUUGUAAACAGUGCUUCAACUGGAACUGGCAUCGGUGGACACUUUCUCAUGAUACUCCUUGCAAAAUUUAUUCCGAUGCCCGUGCUGAUCUUCGCUGAGAUACACGGUAUUUUAGCUGUGAGUAUCGCAGCAAUUUUCCUCGUUCUCAAUGAUGUCAUUGGAUUCUGGGUUCUCAGUUGCCUGUUCCGUUUGUUCAGUGCCUCAUUAUGGGCUGGCGGCAUGGCAUGGUCGGAGAAUUACAUAAACAUCACCGGCGCAGCUAUCAUGUUGUGGGAUGUAGGAUCAGGUGUCGGCGGUGUUGUUUUUAACUAUCUAAGUGGAUAUCUAUUGACCAAUCACGGUGCUAGCACUAUACUAUGGCUGGAUCUAUCAGGUGCGAUUAUGAUGUGUUUAAUCUUGUAUGGGACGCAAAUUAUCAUGUCACGACAUGGGCACAAGAGUAGGAAAGACUAAUUUGUCCUCC